GUACCUGGCCCUUGACGAAUCGGUUACCGCGCGCGGCCUGUCGCCUGCGCGCACCCAGAGCGGGAGCCGUUGCCUGCGCCUGCUUACCAUCACCCAGCAGCCCCACCGUCUGCGCGCGUGAUCCGUGCGCGACGCGACGGUUCCGCCGUGGCAAGCUCUGUGCCAUAGAGGCAGGAGGCUGCCCUACCUCGCGCAGCGAUGGCCAAGAAGAAGGGCGGCAAGGGCAAGAAGGCCCCGAAGAUCCUCACGCCGAAACGAUGCACGAUCAACAUCGUCUACUGCUGGCGCGGGCUGUCGAUGGGGACGCUUGGCAUGGGCGGGCCCUACCGCCGGAUACGGACGCUGUUAUUGAUGGAGUUCCGGCGGGCCGAGAUCUCCAUUGUCGGGAAUGGGACCGCGGCCUUGCCGUCGUCGGAGCCGUUAACUGUAAAACUGGUCGAGACGGGGGAGGACCUCGGGUCGCUCGACUGGAGCCUCUCUCAUGUUUCCAAGCUCAACGAGCGGGAGGAGGCCAUCGCUGUGAUCGUCGAGAAGACGGCGAAGCAGGUGAGGAAGUACUUGUCCACACCGAUAGAGGGGCCGUCCAAAUUCCGCGGGAGCGCCGCGGGCAAUCUGACCUACUAUGUACCCAAGAAGAAGAAGGGCAAGGGGAAGAAGAAGAAGUGAGCGCUUUGGCGCGCGCGUUUUAUACUGUGGUGUGUAAGAUCUAAGAUUCAUGACGAG